AUGUGCUACAUUAAGUUUAUGUGUGCUGCAGUAGGUUUACAUGAUGCAUUACAGUUCUGCAAGAUCCGGCAGGCGGGCAGUGGCAAGGAGAUGAAGUCGAGUGUUCUGCAAGAUCCGGCAGGCGGGCAGUGGAAGGAGAUGAAGUCGAGUGCGGGCAGCGGCAAGGAGAUGAAGGCGAAAGGGCCCAAGGAGAAGAAGCUUGUACUCACUACAGAGGACCUCGCUGCUGCAUUGAAAGAGGUGGAGAUGUGCGAGAGAGGAGUAGCACAGGAGGGUGGUGUGACAGAGGAGAGAAGAGAAGGAGGAGAGGGAGUAGAUGCUGAGAAAGGGGGGGAGACAGUGGAGAAGCAACAGCAGGAGGAGAGGGAGAAGGGUGCUUCGGCCCUUACCAGCUCUUCCUUCCUCGUGUGCUACACUGGCCUCGCAUGGCUUGCUGAUGCCAUGAAGAUGCUCCUUCCUACUCUCUCUCUCUCUCUCUCUCUCUCUCUCUCUCUCUCUCUCUCUCUCUCUCUCUCUCUCUCUCUCUCUCUCUCUCUCUCUCUCUCUCUCUCUCGAACGGACCUUCGUUUCGGCCCUUAUCAGCUCUUCCUCGUGUGCUAUACUGGCCUUGCAUGGCUCGCUGAUGCCAUGGAGAUGAUUCUGCUCUCCUUCGUGGGACCAGCGGGGAUCGCACAUGUGGCAGCGCGUGACAGGGGCUCCUACGUGUGGGGCCUCGUGGCAGAUGCCUACAGCAGAAGGAGAGGGUUCACCAUGACACCGCUGCCCUCUUCACAAUCAGCCACCUCUCGUCUCUCUUGCUCCCAUGCUCUCAUCUUCUGUCUGUCCAUAUCAGGGGCUCCUACGUGUGGGGCCUCGUGGCAGAUGCGUAUGGAAGGAGGAGGGGGUUCAUGGCCUCUGCUCUCUUCAACUCAAUUGCCUCGUGUUUCUCUGCCUUUCCUUGUCUCUCAUCUUCCUUUUCACUCAUCUUGCAUCCGCAAUGCCAGGGGCUCCUACGUGUGGGGCCUCGUGGCAGAUGCCUAUGGAAGGAGGGGGUUCAUGGCCUCUGCUCUCUCAAGUGAAACACCUCAAUCCAACGGCAUCUCGUCUCUCUUCCUCCCAUGCUCUCAUCUUCUGUCUGUCCAUAUCAGAGGCUCCUAUGUCUGGGGCCUCGUGGCAGAUGCCUACGGAAGGAGGAGGGGGUUCAUGGCCACUGCUCUCUUCACUCUCUUCGCUGGCUUGCUCAGUGCAUGGUCCCCAACCUUCCUCACUCUCCUCGUCUCGCGCUGCCUCGUGGGGUUUGGCAUCGGGGGGGCAUCCGUGGUCUUUUCCCUCUGCUCCGAAUUCCUUCCCUCCCACUGUCGGGGUUUCUGGCUCGUGUUUAUCGAGUUCUUCUGGACGAUUGGGUCGCUAAUAGAGGCGGCGCUUGCUUGGGCAGUCAUGCCGAGCCUACACUGGAGGAUGCUAGUUCUCCUCUCUGCUACGCCCUUUGCGCUCCUGCUGCUGCUCUACCCUUUCCUUCCCGAAUCGCCUCGGUUUCUCCUG